CCUUCAAAACGACGCUAUGGUUACAAAGGAAGAGAUCCAGAAGCUCUUAAGAGAAGCAAUAGCACCCCUAGAAGAAAAAUUUGACAAUUUAAACAAUACUUUUAAAAAUUUGAAGAAGGCAGCCGAUUUUUUGAAUGAGAAGUGCGACAAUGUAUUAUCGCAGCUUCGACAGACCAAAGAGAAGGUACACCUUCAAGCAACGAGCUUGCGACAAGUACAAAAACAUCUUGAUAAUGUCAAGAAAGAAUCCUGUGAAGCGACCAUGGGCUUUGAAAACCUCGCGAAGUAUCUGAGAACGGACUGUCUUAAGAUUUCGGGUAUGCAUCUCAGUGAAAAUUGUACCAGCAACGACAUCGUUAUUGCGGUCGGUCGAGCUAUCGAUGUCCCUGUUAAAGAAGAGGAUAUAUCUACUUCCCACCCUUUACCGUCCUGCAACUCGGAUACUCCAACGAGAAUCAUAGUGAAAUUCAUUCGGCGUGAUACGAGCAAAAGGGUUACAUUACGACAUAUGCUAAUCUUGUCUUGUCUUGUCGACAUAUGCUAAUCUUGUCUAAACUCAACCGUAAACGGAAUCGUCGCGAAAUUUUGGCCAUGGAAACUAAAAGAGAUCAAGCAUUUAUAUCGCGACCGAAUUCUGGUCCUGUUUUUCUUGCAAAUUUCUAUGGAUAUGUUGAAUUCAAAGAUAUUCGUGAUAUUGAUAUCUAAGCCAGUGAAAGCCGAAAAUAUAUAUAAAGCUUAUGUUUCCGCUAGUGUUCUGAGUUCUCUAGUUCUCACGUGGCGCUGCGUAUCGUGUUUACCGGUGCAAUAAACGAUAGGGUUUUGAUCGAACAGAGACGCGUAGUAUGUCUGUUAUUUUAUAAUAAUCAAUAAAUAAUAAAAUGGACUUCUGACCAAUGAUGCAUUGCAAAGCUUGACAACUCAAAGCAAUUCAUGUGCAGUUAUGUCA